UGCCUAUUAUUGGAAAAUCCAACUGGUAUUCCCGUUAGAUUUAAUUUAUCAGUUUCUUUUACCGAGACCGUAUUUGUUCAAGAAUUUACUAGUCCUGAAAAGCCUGGUGGUAGCAAUUCGACCAAUUUGGCCACAAAUAAUUAA